AUGUCUGCCUCGACCCCAACUCCAGCCGCUCGCAAGGGCGCAGCGACCAAGAACGACACCGCACGCAUGAACGGCGGCGUUCCAGUCGACUCGUCCAGCAAGCCAAUCGUCAACGGCAACUCCCACGAGACCAAGCCAGGUUGGAGCGGACCGGCUGCAGUCAACGGUAGCAGCGCUGCCCCGUUCGGCGGCAACGGCGAGGUGUCACCCACCGCGCGCCUCAAUAUGAGAUUGUCGGGCCAGGCCACCCGCUUCGAACCAACUGCCAAGCCAUCUCCGAUCAACUUCCUCAACCGUGGAAGCACUGAGGACGACGCCGAUAAGCCCACCAUCGUCGACGGCUCGAACACGAAGCCGAUGAGCGAGAAGGCUCGUGGCAAAAUGGCCGCUGCGCUCCCACCAGCUCCCAUUGGCACACACAAUGGCACCCCCAGCCCGUCUAUCCCUCCGGUCACCUUUACCACCGACACCGGCCCACAGGUCGAGUGGAAGGGUGGCCAUUACAUUCGAAUCGCCAACAUCGCUAAGGACACGUACGCUGACUGCUCGAAUGUGCUGUUCAACGAGAUGCACUGGAACACCAAGGUCACCGGCCAGAAGAGCUCUGGCGCGAGCAACAGCAAGCAUCUCACAGUCUACAUGCGCUUUGACCACGUCAACGACGCCGAGCAGGCUGAGAACGACGUAUCCAUGGUCAACCAAGAGUGGGUCGUCAAGCACGUCUCCCAGACCGAGUAUGCCGCUGCCCAAGGCACUGGUUCUCGUACCGAGACCUCAUUCUUCGACGGCCAGCUUGUGUUCGUUGCCGUCUUCACUGGUAACCUCAAUGAGAUCCAGACUUCUGGCGUGGCCAAGACGGUCAAGACUCUGGCUGAGCACUUCGGCGAGGUCCUCGCAUUCUCAGAGGCCAUUCACACCACCUCCACUGAGUGGCACUUCCGUGUCGAGUACACUCAGAUCUCUGCCGCUCGCAAGGCGCUCCACGAGAUGAGCCGCGCCAGCAGCUACUGCUUCGAGGAUUGGUCUGUGACAGCGAGAAAGCUGCCAGAGCCACACACCGUCGGCACUGGACCACUCAAUGGUGGCUUCACCGCGCUCACUCUAACCCCAAGCAAGCAUGCCGAUGGCACAACCACCAGCCCGACAGGCCGCACUGCUUGGGGCCUUGACGCCGAGGGCAAGCGCGUAGCCAAGCCGGCGGCGCUCAGCGUUCCGAAGAUUAGCAAUCCGGCUGAGCCUGUGGGUGCCGCUGCUGUCGUGCCAGUCCGCGACUAUCGCAUGGACUCGUCGCCACUGCCAGGCCCUUCUCGAUUCUUUGGCUCCAUUGACGGCAACAUGGACCGCAGCGCCUCUUGGUCGGGUGGUGAGACUACUCGCUCACGUCGCAACGGUGGCAUCGGCGAGGAGAAUGAGCCGCAAAUGGUCAAUCUCAAUCGCAUUCGUGAUGGCGUUGAUGUUCGCACCACCAUCAUGCUGCGCAAUCUGCCGAACGCCUGGACCUACCUCGACGUCAAGGAGUGCCUUGACACCACUUCGGCAGGCAAGUACGACUUCUCCUACCUGCGCAUCGACUUCCAGUACAAUACCAAUGUCGGUUACGCAUUCGUCAACUUCACUGACCCAGAGUCAAUCAUCGACUUUGUGAACAAGUUUGUCAACAAGGAGUGGCAGCCAGGAUACCACCCGCGAAAGAUCGCACAGGUGUCGUACGCCACAGUCCAAGGCAUUGACUGCCUGAUCGAGAAGUUCCGCAACUCCGCCAUCAUGGCAGAGUUCUGCGACUACCGCCCAAAGCUGUGGUAUGUGCCAGCGGACGUCACCAUCGGCGAUUGCACACCAGAUGCUGUCGGCCAAGAGCGUGCCUUUCCCCCGCCAAACAACUUCAGUAAGCAGCAGCGGAGUCUUGACAAUGCCGGUACCAUUGGUCUGUACCAGCCUCGCAACCGCAACGCCAAUGCCAAUGGCGAGCGCACCCGCCGCUCCAACUAUGACCGCGGCACAACCCAUCAGCUGCAAGAGGAUGCCGCUUACCAGCAUGGUCCAAUGUCGCCAUACAAUGACAACUACGCCUUCAAUGCACCACGCGCUCCCAUCGGCGCUCCACCGCAAUUCAUCGCUCCGCCAAUGAUGCCGUACGGCUAUCCACCAAUGCCUGCAGGCUACUACCCUGGCUAUCCAGUCCAGUACGGCCAGAACGAAGGCUUCGAUCCCUUUGCAUACGGCGCAUUCCCUGGCCAUGGCGGCUACCCUGGUGCCUACGGUCAGAUGGCACACUACAAUCCGGCUGCACGCCUGCGCACCAUCUCUCGCGGUCGCCUUGGCGGUCGGCCGACAAACGUCACCAUCGCUGAGCAUGGCUACUCAGACGUCGACCGCAAUGCCCGCCUCGCCGCCAACGGCUACGUCCCACGCAGCAUCUCUGCUGCUGGCGAGUCGGGUGAGUACUUCGAGGGUCAAGCUCAUGGCUCUGCCGACGGCAAUGUCUCUCCAGGCAAUGCAGGCGCCUCUCGCUUGGGCACCGAGCACUCUUAG